GACUGAGUGCAGGUGUGUCCGCAUACCUCCCACUGCUCCCCGACGCGGAAGUGUUUCGGUCCACUUGGUCGACAAUGGCUUCCACAAGCAAGUUGUGACCAGAAGUUGUGAUUUUCUACUUUCUAAAAAACCCUCCUCGCUUUCGUCCCAAUGUCGUCUGACGUCAACCCGAGCGCUCCGGCGGAGGGCCUCGGCGAGAAGCUGCCCUUCGGCGGCAGCGCGGAGAAGCUCACGCCGUCGAACGUCAACCGCGUUUUGAUGGAGUUCCUGGUGUAUUUCCUCCGGAGUAUAGUGCUCUUCUACCCCGUCUACCUGACCGGCGCACUCGGCCUCAGCAUCAGCUGGGUGCUGCUGUGCAUGCUGAUGGUCACUUGGUGGGGGAAGAACCGCCAGUGGAAGGACAGAAGGGUCGGAACCGCCAUCGACUUCGUGGACAACGAGACUCAGGUUGUCAGCGAGGAGAUGAAGAAAUCCCUGCAGAUGGCGACAUGGAUCCAUUUCGCUGACGUGGAGAAAGUCCAUUGGUUAAACAAGGUGCUGGAUCAGGCAUGGCCAUUUUUCGGGAUGUUCAUGGAGAAGCUCCUUCGAGAAAACAUCCAGUUGGCCGUCCAGCAAUCCAACUCAGAGCUCAAAACGUUCACUUUUACCAAGAUCCACUUUGGACACGUACCGCUCAAAAUUACCGGAAUAAAAGCAUUCACUCAUGAAGUGGAUCACAAGGAAGUGGUUCUGGACAUGAAUAUCUGUUACGAUGGUGACGUGGACAUUGAUGCAGAGUUGAAGUCAGCAAUUACAGCUGGUGUCAAGGGUCUCAAACUCCAGGGGAUGAUCAGGGUCAUUCUGGAGCCACUCAUUGGACAAGCACCAUUAGUGGGAGGGGUCACCUUCUUUUUCAUUCGCCGCCCUGAACUUACAAUCAACUGGACUGGCAUGACCAACAUUUUAGACAGCCCCGCUUUCAGUUCCUUGUCCGAGGGGACCAUCAUGGACACCAUUGCCUCGCUCAUGGUCUUGCCCAACCGCAUGUGCUUUCCGCUCAUUGACCAAGUGAAAGUGGACCAGAUGAGGUUUCCAUUGCCUCGUGGGGUGGUGAGAGUACACUUACUGGAGGCCAGAAACCUGGUGGCCAAGGAUACGUACAUGUUUGGUUUGGUGAAGGGCAAGUCGGACCCUUAUGCAAAACUUUGUGUCGGCGACCAACGUGUCAAGAGCAAGACUGUCAAAGAGAAUUUGGACCCGACAUGGAAUGAAGUCUAUGAGUUUGUUGUGCAUGAGGCCCCCGGCCAAGAGCUGGAGGUGGAGCUAUAUGAUGAAGACACGGACAAAGAUGACUUUGUUGGAAGGUAUCACCUGGAUCUCGGAGAAGUCAAGAAACGGAAAGAGAUUGAUGAUUGGUUUACUCUUGAAGAUGUCCCAAAUGGAGAAGUCCAUCUGAAGCUUCUUUGGCUUUCACUUCAAAGUGACUCUUCUCUGCUGAAGGAGUCUACUGAAGGCCACGCCUGUGCAAUGCUUGCAGUGUAUCUGGACAAUGCCUCAAACCUACCUAAAGACAGAAGUGAAAUUGAGGAUCAUCAUAAAAAGAAGCAUGCACGAGAAGCUCGGCUCACAAGGAAGUCUGCUGGUCCGAGCUCCUUUGUGGAAUUUUCCAUUGCAGACAAACUUCAAAAAAGCAAGGUUGCAUUCGCAAAUAAAGACCCGGUGUGGGAAGAAGGCUUCACUUUUUUCGUGCAUGAUAUCAAAACGCAGCAGCUUUUUAUUCAGGUCAAAGAAAGCGAGAAGAAGACACAACUUGGUGUUCUCCGCCUGCCCCUCAGUCGUUUCCUUAACAUCUCCAACAUGACUCUGGACCAGCGCUUCCUGCUGGAGCAGUCUGGUGCAAACAGCCAGCUCAAACUGAAGGCUACUCUCAGGAUGCUUACUUUGGAAAAGCCGCCGCCCAAAGAAGAGAUCACUCCCCCUCAAGUCAAUCAACCAAUGAACCCAGGAGCUGAUGCGGCAACUUCCGUGUCAGCACUUUCUUCCAGCACAAUUCCUGUCGACUACUCAUCCCACCGCCGGAGUUCCUACCUGGCGUCUGAAACCUUGAGGCCAACCGCCAAUACGACGAGCAUGCGGCGCUACGACUCUCACAGCCUUCUGUCGGACAACUCGCUGGCUUCAUCCCGUUUUGACCUGGCAGAUGGAGCCCCAUAUCCAGAAGCCCUCCUUAAACACGGGGGAUCACUUGGGGAGAUCAGCCUGACUGUGCGCUACGCCACUCUGCGGAAUAAACUCGUCAUCAUGGUCAACUCCUGCAGGAACCUCUUCCCCUGCAGUGAAAAUGGCACGGACUCGUACGUGCGCCUUUAUUUGCUCCCGGACCACACCUGGAGACACCGCAAAAGGACCCAUGUGACGAAGAGGACUGUCAACCCGGUCUUUAAUGAGAAGUUUGAGUUUGACGUGUCCCUUGAAGGGGCCCAAACACGCACAUUGGAUGUGGCGGUGAAAAACAACCGGAUGUUUCACAGACGGCAAAGAAAGGACAUUGGAAUGGUGCUGAUCAAUCUCUCCCAGAUGGAUCUAGCCAAAGGUGUCCAAAACUGGUACAAGCUGGCUUUACAAGGCACGAGGAAACACAGCAUGCCGGGGCUAUAAAAGUCUAUUUGCUGCUCUUCCGCACGUUUACAAAAAAAGUGUGUUAUAAUCAAUCUCUGGACUGUUUCAUUGACUUUAUGAAUGUUUGGAACAAAAAGCUACUCAAUCCUGUUGUGGCGCAUGUUAGCAUGCAGUGAGACAGAUGCUGAACAUGUAGAUUAUUGACAAGCUGAUUGCUGUUACAGUGUAAAGCAUUGGAAUUCCGAGUGUUACUGGUGUGUGUGUUUCUGCUGUAUUGGUCAAGAGCUUCUAUUACAACCCAAAAGUGGGUCAUGGACAGCUAUUCCAAAUUUUUAAAUAAACUAUUUAAUAUACA